AUGGCGGCGUCCUCCCUGGAGCAGAAGCUGUCGCGCCUGGAAGCCAAGCUGAAACAGGAGAACCGCGAGGCUCGGCGCCGGAUCGACCUCUCCCUCGACAUGAGCUCGCCUUCCAGCCCGAGGAGACCCAGACCCAUUAUAGUGAUCACUCUAAGCCCUGCUCCUGCCCCAUCCCAACGAGCAGCUCUUCAGCUUCCUUUAGCAAAUGAUGCCGGCAGCCGGUCAUCUUCAUCAGAAACCUCGCCACAGCAUCACCCGGCCCCAUCGCGGCCUCGACACAUGCUCAGCCUCCCUCAGCCUCAGUAUCUGUUGCAGAAGAGCAUGGAGAGUAUAGAGAUUGAGCAAAAGCUGCAGGAGAUAAUGAAACAGACGGGGUAUCUGACAAUAGGAGGGCAGAGAUAUCAAGCUGAAAUCAGUGACCUGGAAAACUUGGGCGAGAUUGGCAGUGGCACAUGUGGGCAGGUCUGGAAAAUGAGGUUCAAGAAAUCAGGACAUAUAAUUGCCGUGAAGCAAAUGCGUCGCUCAGGUAAUAAGGAGGAAAACAAACGAAUCCUCAUGGACUUGGAUGUGGUGCUGAAAAGUCACGACUGCCCUUACAUUGUGCAAUGUUACGGCACCUUCAUUACCAACACUGAUGUGUUCAUUGCCAUGGAACUGAUGGGCACUUGUGCUGAGAAGCUGAAGAAACGGAUUCAGGGGCCUAUUCCAGAAAGGAUUCUCGGCAAAAUGACAGUCGCGAUUGUCAAAGCACUCUUCUACCUGAAGGAAAAGCAUGGUGUCAUCCACAGAGAUGUGAAACCCUCAAAUAUUCUCCUGGAUGAGCGGGGUCAAAUCAAACUCUGUGACUUCGGGAUAAGUGGAAGACUGGUCGACUCGAAAGCAAAGACGAGGAGCGCUGGCUGUGCAGCAUACAUGGCGCCUGAACGGAUAGAUCCCCCGGAUCCCACCAAACCUGACUAUGAUAUCAGAGCGGAUGUCUGGAGUCUCGGCAUUUCACUGGUUGAACUCGCCACGGGACAGUUUCCAUAUAAAAACUGCAAAACGGACUUUGAGGUUUUAACAAAGGUGCUGCAGGAAGACCCUCCUCUGCUCCCUCAAAGUAUGGGCUUCUCAAUGGACUUUCAAUCAUUUGUAAAAGAUUGCCUUACAAAGGAUCACCGGAAGAGACCAAAAUACAAUAAGUUGCUUGAACACAAUUUCAUUAAACGUUACGAGACAUUAGAAGUGGACGUGGCUUCUUGGUUUAAGGAAGUCAUGGCAAAGACUGAAUCUCCACGAACAAGCAGCAUCCUCAACCAGCAGCACCUCCCCAUCUUCUCCAGGUAGCCAGCACAGCAACAAAUGGACAUGCAGGGGACAGGAGGGGGCAGUGGAACCGACAAGUCACCGCCAACAGCCAUGCCAUCAAGACAAAGCUCCUGAGACCAAUGAAUUGUACUUAGCCUAUCCAUGGUCUUUCUGUCUAGUGUUGUGAUCUUUUCAAUUGACUCAGGAGAGUGUGGGUUGUUGUGCUUUGAAGAGCAAGGAAAGGUGGGACGUGCCACAUCUUGGACUGAGGUUUAAUCUCAUUGUUCCUGUGAAAAGCUGACACGCUGCCCUUCCCCUUUAACCUCCCCCCACAGGAUACAUGGUCAUUGCACGCUGCAGAGGAACUGCAACUUUAUAUAGUGUUUAAAUAUUACCGGGUUAUGCACUGUGAUCAAGGAAAGCAAAGGAUUUUACCUAAUUUAUUAAAUAUGAAAGUUGAAAGUG